UCGGACGUUUUAGAUCAGAGCUCCUCUUGUGCGGAAGCGGUUAGAAAGCGAUCAAUUUAGCUCAACAAUUUCUGAUUUUGUAGACGGCUACUUUUUUUUGUUGUUUAAAAACGAAUAAGCGAACAGAAUAUUUGUGUUGGUUUUUUCUUGAGAAAAAAAAAACGAAAUUCUUUUAAUGAACAACUAAAAACUAUUUUCCUAGAAAAGUGAGAAUCAAUUGUUAAACGGCUGUUGCCUGCGCGUGAAGUAGGGAAGCAUUUGGGCUGAGACGACGCGAAAAACUUCAAUCUGAAAUUGAAUAGAAGGAAAAUUUUGCAAAAAUCCUCGACUUUUGCACUCAAGCCCCGACUCUCACUCGAGUUUUAAAAUAUAUUUUUUAAUUUAAAUUUUCCGUUAAAAAAACAAGCGAAUCUUUAACCAAGAUGCCGAAGCCAAUUGCUAGCCAGGAGGAUGAGGAUCCAACCCCAUAUCUGUUCGUGUCUUUGGAACAAAGACGUAUCGAUCAAUCGAAACCUUAUGACUCCAAGAAGAAUUGCUGGGUGCCCGAUGAGAAGGAGGGUUAUCUUCUUGGUGAAAUUAAGGCCACCAAGGGUGACAUUGUCUCCGUGGGCCUGCCCGGCGGUGAGACAAAGGAUUUUAAAGCCGACCUGGUUGAAAAAACGAACCCUCCGAAAUUCGAAAAAAUCGAAGAUAUGGCCGACAUGACUGUGCUCAAUACGCCUUGCGUCUUGCACAAUUUGCGACAACGUUACUACGCCAAAUUGAUCUACACGAAAGACUUCAAGAAAGAUCAGCUCCAACAAGUCAAUCCUCCAAAAUACGAAAAAGCUGAGGAUAUGUCCAACUUGACAUAUCUGAACGACGCCUCUGUGCUCCAUAACUUGAGACAGAGAUACUACAACAAGCUUAUCUACACCUACUCCGGUCUUUUCUGCGUUGCCAUCAAUCCCUACAAGCGUUACCCCGUAUAUACCAACCGUUGCGCUAAGAUGUACCGUGGCAAGCGCCGUAAUGAAGUGCCACCCCAUAUUUUCGCCAUUUCUGACGGUGCCUACGUCGACAUGUUGACCAACCACGUCAAUCAAUCUAUGUUGAUUACUGGUGAGUCUGGUGCUGGUAAGACUGAGAACACGAAGAAGGUAAUUGCGUACUUCGCCACUGUGGGCGCCUCAACAAAGAAGGAUGAAUCGCAGAAGAACAAGGGCUCCCUGGAAGAUCAGGUUGUACAAACUAAUCCUGUACUGGAAGCUUUCGGUAACGCUAAGACCGUGCGUAACGAUAACUCGUCGCGUUUCGGUAAAUUCAUCCGUAUUCACUUCGGCCCAACUGGUAAACUGGCUGGUGCUGAUAUUGAGACUUAUCUAUUGGAAAAGGCUCGUGUCAUCUCUCAGCAAUCUUUGGAACGUUCAUACCACAUCUUCUACCAGAUCAUGUCUGGUUCCGUUGCUGGAGUUAAAGAAAUCUGUCUGUUGUCCAAUAACGUCUACGAUUACCACAUUGUCUCUCAGGGCAAGACAAAAAUACCCGGCGUUGACGAUGGUGAAGAGUAUCAAAUUGUUGACGUAAGAUACAAUAUGUGCCUCUUGUCCGAUAACAUUUACGAUUACUAUAACGUGUCGCAGGGUAAAGUCACUGUACCCAACAUGGAUGACGGUGAGGAAUUCCAGCUGGCAGAUCAAGCCUUUGAUAUCUUGGGUUUCACCCUCCAAGAGAAGCAGGAUGUCUACAAGAUCACCGCCGCUGUCAUGCACAUGGGUGGCAUGAAGUUCAAGCAACGUGGUCGCGAAGAGCAGGCUGAACAAGAUGGCGAGGAAGAGGGUGGCCGUGUUGCCAAGUUGUUCGGUUGUGAUACCGCCGAAUUGUACAAGAACUUGUUGAAGCCCCGCAUUAAGGUCGGUAACGAAUUCGUCACCCAGGGUCGUAACGUACAACAGGUCACCAACUCUAUUGGUGCUCUCUGCAAGGGUGUGUUCGAUCGUCUCUUCAAAUGGCUGGUCAAGAAGUGUAACGAAACUCUGGAUACUAAGCAAAAGCGUCAACACUUCAUUGGUGUACUGGAUAUUGCUGGUUUUGAAAUUUUCGAC